AAAUUUAUUUUAUAAAUGUCUGAUCGGGAUCGAGAAGCGUUUCGUCUGAAAUUGAAAGCAGAGGACAGAAAUACCUCUGUUCACAAACACACCGAGACAGAUAAUAGUCGUGAUACGUUGGUGUGCAAAAUGCGAUUUUUCACAAACAGAUUUCCAGACUUUGUCCCGGAGAAGCCUGUAUCCAUAGAUAAAUCCAAAUGGCAUGACAAUGCCGUGGCAGUCGUAAAAACAAUUCUGGAAAGGAUGCCGCCUGAUCCAAGCACUUGCUCAGGUGGGCUGUAUGUUGGGAACAUAGGGGUAGGCUACAUGCUUUACUACCUAGCCACGCACGAAGCUUUUCAGAAUGAAAGACAAGAAUAUUUAGAACAUGCUUUUAUGUACGUCAAAGUUAACACUGAUUAUAUUGGAAGAGGGAGAAUGAGAAGCGAUCCCCUUCCAUCUUUUCUUUUAGGGCAAGCAGGAGUGAUGUCCCUCUGUAGCUUAUUGUACAAAACUGCAGGGGAUGAAAAGGUUUUUAAACAGUAUUGUGCCCAGUAUGCACAAUUUGCUGAGGAGUGUAAAAAGAUGGACUUUUGUGGCAAAAAUGGAUCUGAUGAGCUUUUCGUUGGAAGAGCGGGAUAUUUGUGUGGGGUGUUGGCACUACAACAAAAGACUGGCCAUAAGGUCAUUGGAGACGAUGUUUUGACAGCUCUGUGGAGAACCAUGGUUGCAUCUGGAAGAAAGGGAGCAGAAAAGCAAAGAUCGAGUCCUAAGUUUCCUCUCAUGUACUCGUAUCACGGCACAGAAUAUUUGGGUGCUGCCCAUGGUUUGUCGUCCAUUCUACAGAUGUUGUUGAGUUUCCCCGAUAUCCUUAGAUCUGACCCAGCUGCUGAACAGGACAUCAGAAAAUCUGUGGAUUUAAUGCUGAGUCUGGAGUACAAUGGAAACUACCCACCAGCCAUGGACGAAGCAGACCCACAUCAUCGUCGCCCCGAGGAAAAGGAGUUGGUACACUGGUGCCAUGGAGCCCCAGGUGUGGUUUACCUGUUUGGGAGAGCCUACAAGGUAUGGGGGGACCAGAAAUACCUGGAUGCAUGCCUGCGAUGUGGAGAGACAACCUGGACUAAAGGUCUGCUGAAGAAAGGCCCUGGAAUCUGUCACGGAGUGGCUGGUAGUGGCUACGUAUUUCUCCUGCUAUACAGACUGACUGGAGACUUCAAACAUCUUCACCGUGCACAACAAUUUGCCGAAUUUUUGUUUAUGGAAGAAUUUCAGCGUGGGGCUCGGACUCCAGACACCCCGUUCAGUCUGUAUGAAGGCUUCGCUGGUACAGUGUGCUUCUUGGCAGACUUAAUACAACCUGACAAAGCUGAAUAUCCCUUCUUUAAUGUGAUUUUUUGAAGAAAUCCAGCAUUUUUUGUUUUAACUGAAGUUUAAUACUAGAAUUACCUUUCUCCUUCUGUAAACUUUCAUGUACAAAAUCCCAAAAAAUUUUGGGGUAUAAAACUGCCAUAAUUUUAUAUGCUUGAUUUUUUUAAAAAUGUUUUGUAGCCUCCCUUGCUAAUAUUUGAUUAUACAUGCUACAUGUACAUCUUUAAUGUAUGGCAUAUUUAUAUUACAUUUUUAUGGAAUCUCCCUUUUGUCCAAA